ACAUGAAGUCUCUAUAGGUGUCGCUGCGCACUCACUGAUGGUUUGAACCCAUGGGGCUCUGAAUCUACACAUAUUGGCGCCAUUUUGGAGCUAGGAGGGGGAAGAGAGCUGCAGAGAGGAGGAGAGGACACGAUUGAUCACAAUUCACCGUUAACAGGCAGUGAAGAGCUAAAGAGAAUGGCUCACUCUAAAGCUCGAGUCACAGAUGGGAAGGUGACCUACCCCCCGGGGGUCAAGGAGAUCUCUGACAAAAUCUCCAAAGAGGAAAUGGUCCGCAGGCUCAAGAUGGUUGUGAAGACCUUCAUGGACAUGGACCAGGACUCUGAGGAAGAGAAGGAACUGUACCUGAACCUGGCCCUCCACCUGGCCUCAGACUUCUUCCUCAAACACCCAGACAAGGACGUGCGUUUGCUGGUGGCCUGCUGUCUGGCAGACAUAUUCAGGAUUUACGCUCCAGAGGCGCCCUACACCUCCCCAGAUAAACUCAAGGACAUUUUCAUGUUCAUCACAAGACAGCUCAAAGGACUGGAGGACACUAAAAGUGCUCAGUUCAACAGAUACUUCUACUUGCUUGAGAACAUAGCAUGGGUGAAGUCCUACAAUAUUUGCUUUGAGCUUGAAGACAGCAAUGAGAUAUUCACCCAGCUUUACAGAACGCUCUUCCAGGUCAUCAACAAUGGUCACAACCAGAAGGUGCACAUGCAUAUGGUGGACCUGAUGAGCUCCAUCAUCUGCGAGGGAGACACUGUUUCGCAGGAGCUGUUGGACACCGUGUUGGUCAACCUGGUGCCAGCACACAAGAAUUUGAAUAAACAAGCGUAUGACCUGGCCAAAGCUCUGCUGAAGAGGACUGCUCAGGCUAUCGAGCCUUACAUCACCAAUUUCUUCAACCAGGUGCUGAUGCUGGGAAAGACCUCGGUCAGCGAUCUGUCCGAACACGUCUUUGACCUCAUCUUGGAGCUUUACAACAUAGACAGCCACCUGCUGCUCUCAGUGCUGCCGCAGCUCGAGUUUAAGCUCAAGAGUAAUGAUAACGAUGAGAGACUGCAGGUGGUGAAGCUGCUGGCGAAGAUGUUUGGAGCCAAGGACUCUGAGCUGGCCGCACAGAACAAACCCCUCUGGCAGUGUUACCUGGGCAGGUUUAAUGACAUCCACGUGCCUAUCAGACUGGAGUGUGUUAAGUUUGCCAGUCAUUGUCUCAUGAACCACCCAGACCUGGCCAAAGACCUCACAGAGUUCUUAAGGGUACGAUCACAUGACCCAGAGGAGGCCAUCCGCCAUGAUGUCAUCGUCUCUAUAGUAACUGCUGCCAAGAAAGACUUGUCUCUAGUGAAUGAUGCACUGCUCAAUUUUGUAAAGGAGAGGACUUUGGACAAAAGAUGGCGUGUACGUAAGGAGGCCAUGAUGGGCCUGGCAUCGAUCUACAGGAAGUACUCGCUGCAGGGAGAGGGAGGGCGGGAGGCCUCUAAACAGAUUUCCUGGAUCAAAGACAAGCUGCUCCAUAUCUACUACCAGAACAGCAUCGAUGACAGGUUGCUGGUGGAGCGGGUCUUUGCCCAGUACAUGGUUCCUCACAACCUGGAAACUGCUGAGAGGAUGAAGUGUCUUUACUACCUGUACGCCACCCUGGACACAAACGCUGUCAAAGCUUUGAAUGAGAUGUGGAAGUGCCAGAAUCUGCUGAGACACCAUGUGAAAGACCUGCUGGACUUGAUCAAAAAACCCAAGUCUGAAGCAUCGAGCAAGGCCGUAUUCGCCAAAGUCAUGGUGAUCACAAGGAACCUGCCAGACCCGGGCAAGGCUCAGGACUUUGUGAAGAAGCUGGCUCAGGUCCUUGAUGAUGACGAGCGGAUCAGAGAUCAGUUGGAAACCUUGGUCAGCCCCUCAUGCUCCUGCAAGCAAGCUGAAGUCUGUGUGCGAGACAUCACUAAAAAGCUCGGCAGCCCUAAACAGCCCAGCAAUCCAUUCCUGGAAAUGGUCAAGUUCCUGCUGGAGAGAAUUGCUCCUGUACACAUCGACACAGAGUCCAUCAGUGCUUUGAUAAAACAGGUUAACAAAUCUAUAGAUGGAACAGCUGAUGAUGAUGAGGAGGGUGUCCCCACUGAGGAGGCCAUCAGAGCAGGACUGGAACUGCUGAAGGUGCUGUCGUUCACACACCCGGUGUCGUUCCACUCUGCAGAGACAUUUGAGUCUCUCUUGGGUUGUCUGAAGAUGGAUGACGAGAAGGUCGCCGAGGCCGCGCUGCAGAUCUUUAAGAACACGGGCAGCAAGAUGGAAGAGAGUUUCCCUCACAUCAAAUCUGUUUUGCUGCCGGUACUGCAGGCCAAAGCCAAGAGAGGCCCCCCUCGCCAGGCCAAGUAUGCCAUCCACUGCAUCAACGCCAUGUUCACCAACAGAGACACACACUUCGCCCAAAUUUUCGAGCCUCUACACAAAGGCCUAGAUCCCGCUAACCUGGAGCAGCUCAUCACUCCUUUGACCACCCUGGGUCACCUGGCUCAGCUGGCCCCAGAACAGUUUGCUGCACCGCUCAAAUCUCUAGUCGCCAACUUCAUUGUGAAGGAUCUGCUCAUGAAUGACAGGGUCCCGGGCAAGAAGACAACCAAACUUUGGGUUCCUGAUGAAGAAGUGUCCCCGGAGACUCUGGCCAAGAUCCAGGGUAUAAAGCUGAUGGUGCGGUGGUUACUAGGAGUGAAGAACAACCAGAGCAAAUCAGGCAACUCCACCCUGAGGAUGCUGACUGCUAUUCUACACAGCGAUGGAGACUUAACCGAGCAGGGCAGGAUGGGUAAACCAGACAUGUCAAGGCUGCGGCUGGCAGCGGCGUGCGCCCUGCUGAAGCUGGCACAGGAACCCUGCUAUCACGAAAUCAUCACGCUGGAGCAGUAUCAGCUGUGCGCUCUCGUCAUCAACGAUGAGUGCUACCAGGUGCGACAGUGUUUUUCCCAGAAGCUCCACCGAGGCCUGUGCCGCCUCCGUCUGCCUCUGGAGUACAUGGCAGUGUUCGCUUUGUGUGCCAAGGACCCUGUCAAGGAGAGGAGGGCUCACGCUCGCCAGUGCCUGGUGAAAAACGUCAACAUACGCCGGGAGUACCUCAAACAGCACGCCGCCAUCAGCGACAAGCUGUUCUCUCUGCUGCCGGAGUAUGUGGUGCCCUACACCAUCCACCUGCUGGCACAUGACCCAGACUACGUCAAAGUACAGGACAUCGAGCAGCUCAAAGAAAUUAAAGAGGCUCUGUGGUUCGUCCUGGAGAUCAUCAUGGCCAAGAAUGAGAACAACAGCCACGCCUUCAUAAGGAAAAUGGUGGAAAAUAUCAAACAGACGAAAGACGCCCAGGCCCCCACAGAUGCCAAAACCAACGAGAAACUCUACACAGUGUGUGAUGUAGCCAUGCACAUUAUCAUGUCAAAGAGCACCACCUACAGCCUCGAGUCCCCUAAAGACCCCGUGCUGCCCUCAUGCUACUUCACCAAACCCGACAAGAAUUUCAGCAACACAAAAAAUUUCCUCCCACCAGAGAUGAAGUCAUUCUUCACACCAGGAAAGCCCAAGUCGGCGAACGUUUUGGGUGCAGUAAACAAGCCGCUAGCGUCGGCGGGGAAACAGAUCCAGAGUAAAGCUUCUCGUAUGGAGACUGCCAGCAACGACGACUCGUCGUCCAACCCGGGCUCCCCACAACGCAGCAAGACCAGGCUUGACAGCACAGAGAUGGAUCACAGUGAAAACGAGGACAUCAGCCUAAAGAGAGCAGACAGCACUGACAAGGAUAUUGAAAAGCCCCGUGGUCGCAAACGUGGCAUGACCACCACUGACGACCAGGACAGCAAACCAAAGCGCGGACGCAAGAAGGCGGCGGCCAUCACACCUGCAGCGGUUGAGUCCGAGGACCAGUGGGACGAGGACAAUCGGCCGGAGGAUGAACAGAACAGCCCGCCGAAGAAAGGACGCAGGGGCCGGCCUCCAAAGGCCGCUACUCCAAAGGCCGCUACUCCCAGUCAGGAUACUCCUACCAAGGGGAAGAGGGGGCGAAAGAAGGCUGCUCCUCCACCAGAAGAAGAGGAGGAGGAAGAGGAGGAGGAAGAGGAGAAAGUGGAGGAGGAAGCAGCAGCAGAAGAAGCAGAGGAAGAAGAGGAUGACGGGAGCAGUGAAAAUAUAGAGUUGAAGACCAAGGGAGGCAGACCAACCAGGGCGCCGCGGCGAUCACAAGGCAGCACGGAGUCAGCAGAGUCCACACCGCAGAAAAGGAGAGGACGUCCACCCAAAUCAGCUCAGCCACCUGCCAAGAAACCAGCGCGUGCUGGGCGAUCGAAAGCAGCUGCUGCUGCUAAAGAGGACUCUGAGGAAGAAGAUGAAGAAGAAGAAGAGGAGGAGCAGCCGCAGGAGGACGAGCCAACACCGAAGGGUCGCAAGAAGCCAGCAGGGCGAAGAAGAUGAGCUGAAAAAUGAGGGAAGACAAACAGAAGCAGCGCGUCUACUCUCAAGUCGGGGAGGAAUGACGUAGAAAAGAAAAUAUGGACACUGAACUUUUUAAACUUUUCAUACGCCGACGCUCCUACUGUUACACCGAUUCACACACUUGCAUAUACCACAUGCACACUACAUCAGUACAUCCGUAUCAUCAGCUGUGGGUUGUUGCAUUGUGUCGCAUUGUGAUGAUGUUCGCCACAUUAAGUAGAAAUAAUUUUAACAGAAAAACAAAAAAAAGAUCACUUGUAAAUAGUCUCUUAUGUCUGUUUCAUGUUCUCUUGUUGUGUUUGAUACUGACUGGGGGGAUGCUGUGAAGCCUUUUGCCCUGCCAAUAUUAUUAUUAUUAUUAUUAUUAUUAUUAUAAUUAUUAUUAAAAUGCUCCCAUAAAGCAAUAUUGCUUAUCAAUCAUUCCCUGUGUCACACUUUUAAAAACUGAAAGAGAUUACCCAUUAUCUUUUUUUUGUGACGUUAAUUGUGUCAUUUUACUUUAAAAGAAAACAUACGUUUUUGUUUACAGCUCUGUAUAUUAAUACCUUUUUUACCAUGUAUUGGAAAAUAAUAAAAAAAAAAAUUGUCAGAAACCUGUCCAAAUGUAGAGUUGCCUCUGGAAAAAGAUUGUAGUGUGCGUCUCAUUUUUAGGUUUGUACUUACUGGUAGAUGGAAGUCCUGAGCAGCUGUGCUUGUAGUGUUUUGUCACUGCUGAUUAACUUUGGCUUUCACAUCCACCCAGUCAGAUCCUCCGUUGUAUCAAUAUAAUUCUCUAUAAAACCUGA